ACAAUAUAGGGAACAAUACGAAUUAACCUCAAUGUCGGUAACAUUAACAGAUGUACCACAUUUAUAUAUAUUAAAUAAAGAUAUCGUGUCAUUAAAUUAUGAUUUAUGUAGUUUUAUUAUAAUAUAUUUAAAUUGCUAUGUGCAAUAAAAUUGAAAAAUAUGACUAAUAGUGAAGUUUAUUGCCAAAACAAACAGCAGAAAGAAAAGGUACCUUUAAGGUUGAAUACCUUCAAAAAAUUGAAAAGGAAGUACAAGCAAAAUGGUAUACUGCAAAAGUUUAUGAAGAAGAUGCACCGUUAGAACCUAAAAGCACAUCAAAUGAUAAAUUUUUGGCAACUUUUCCAUUUCCUUAUAUGAAUGGACGCCUUCAUUUAGGGCAUACAUUUUCUUUGUCAAAAUGUGAAUUUGCAAUACGUUUUAAUCGUUUGUUAGGAAAAAAGGUUCUUUUUCCAUUUGGCUUUCACUGUACUGGUAUGCCAAUUAAAGCAUGUGCAGAUAAAUUAAAAAGAGAAAUGGAAUUAUAUGGCUAUCCACCACAAUUUCCAGAAGAAAGUAUUGUAAUUAAAGAAAAAAUAGAUGAUGUAGUUAUAAAAGAUAAAAGCAAAGGGAAAAAGAGUAAGGCAGUUGCCAAAGCUGGAACUGCAAAAUAUCAAUGGCAAAUUAUGCAAACUCUUGGACUAGAUCACGAAGAAAUAAAAAAAUUUGCAGAUGCUGCAUAUUGGUUAGAUUAUUUUUCACCUCGUGCUGUGGAAGAUCUCAAGGCAAUUGGAUUACAUAUUGAUUGGCGUCGCACAUUUAUUACAACUGAUGCUAAUCCCUUUUUUGACUCAUUUGUAAAGUGGCAAUUUGAACAUCUAAAACGUAGAAAUAAAAUAAAAUAUGGAAAAAGAUAUACAAUUUAUUCUCCAAGAGAUGGUCAACCAUGCAUGGACCAUGAUAGAUCUUCUGGUGAAGGUGUUGGACCACAAGAAUAUACAUUGAUAAAAUUAAAAAUUCAAGAGCCUUAUCCAAAAUCUCUUGAAUCACUUUCUGGAAAACCAGUUUAUCUAGUAGCAGCAACCUUAAGACCAGAAACUAUGUAUGGUCAAACUAAUUGCUGGGCACAUCCAGAUAUGAAUUACAUUGCAUAUAAUUUAAAGAGUGGUGAAGUAUUCAUAUCGACUGAAAGAGCAGCUCGAAAUAUGUCUUAUCAAGGCUUUUUUGAGGAAGAAGGAAAAAUACAAAUUCUCUUAAAAUUAACUGGACAGGACAUCUUAGGAGUAGCAAUAGAAGCAUCUCUUACAUCUUAUAAAACAAUUUAUACAUUACCGAUGUUAACGAUCAAAGAAGAUAAAGGAACAGGAAUAGUAACUUCAGUGCCUAGUGAUUCUCCGGAUGAUUAUGCUGCUUUAGUAGAUUUAAAAAAGAAACAACCAUUCAGAGAAAAAUAUGGAAUCAAGGAUGAAAUGGUGCUGCCUUAUGAUCCUAUACCGAUUCUCGAAAUCCCAGAAUUUGGCAAUUUAUCUGCAGUGACUCUAUAUGAUAAAUUAAAAAUACAGUCUCAAAAUGAUAAAAUUAAAUUAUUAGAAGCUAAGGAAAUGGUAUAUCUCAAAGGUUUCUAUGAUGGUGUAUUGUUAGUUGGUGAAUAUAAGGGAAAGAAAAUUCAGGAUGUUAAAAAGCAGAUUCAGCAAGUAUUAGUUAAUGACGGUAAUGCUGUCAUUUAUUAUGAACCUGAAAAAACGAUUAUUUCAAGAUCAAACGACGAAUGUGUAGUCGCUUUGUGUGAUCAAUGGUAUUUAGAUUAUGGUGAAGAAAAUUGGAAAAAGGAAACACUGGAAGCUUUGAAAAAUCUAAAUGUCUUUCAUGACGAAGUUAGAAAAAAUUUUAUAGCUUGUCUAGAUUGGCUUCAUGAGUAUGCAUGUUCUAGGACUUAUGGUCUUGGAACUAAAUUACCAUGGGACGAAAAUUGGUUGAUAGAAUCUCUCUCUGAUUCAACUAUUUAUAUGGCAUAUUAUACAGUAGCUCAUUUAUUACAAGGGGAAUCAUUUAAAGGAGAAAAACCAAAUGUGCUAGGGAUAAAGGCUAGUCAAAUGACAUCAGAAGUCUGGGAUUAUAUCUUCUUUAAUGAUGCAAAAUUACCUGAAACGAGUAUUAAAAAAGAAGCAUUAGAUCGAAUGCGAAGAGAAUUUAAUUACUGGUAUCCUGUUGAUCUAAGAGUUUCAGGAAAAGAUUUAGUACAAAAUCACCUUACUUUCUUUCUUUAUAAUCACACCGCAAUAUGGCCUAAACAACCAGAAUUAUGGCCUCAAGGAAUACGAGUAAAUGGUCAUUUAUUAUUAAAUUCAUCUAAGAUGUCAAAAUCAGAAGGAAAUUUCCUAACACUUGCAGAGGCUGUCGAGAAGUAUUCAGCAGACGGAAUGAGAUUAUGUUUGGCUGAUUCUGGAGAUUCAGUGGAAGAUGCUAAUUUUGUAGAAAGUGCAGCUGAUGCAGGAAUACUUAGAUUAUACACAUUUAUUGAAUGGGUCAAGGAAGUAAUGGCUUCAAAAAAUCUACACAGACAUGAUCAACCAAAUACAUUCAAUGAUAAAGUCUUUGAAAGUGAAAUGAGUCUAAAGAUACAAGAAACAAAUGAAAAUUAUUCAAAAAUGCUUUAUAAAGAAGCAUUGAGAACUGGCUUUUUUGAACUGCAAGCUGCCAGAGAUAAGUACUUACAAUUAAGUAUAUUAGAUGGUAUUAAUUGGAAUCUUAUUAUUAAAUACAUAGAACUGCAAAUUAUUAUGCUAUCUCCAAUAUGUCCUCAUGUAUCAGAACAUGUAUGGACUCUUAUUGGUAAAGAAGGUAGCAUACUAGACAGUCGAUGGCCGAUAGCCGGUAAUGUCGAUUUAGUUCUUAUAAAAUCUUCACAGUACUUAAUGGAUGCUGCCCAUUCAUUUAGAAUUCUUUUAAAGAAUUAUUUAAUACCAAAAAAAGUUUCAAAAGGUGCAAAUGCUGUGCCUCCAGAAAAGCCUAAUCAAGGAAUUAUUUGGGUAGCCAAAACUUAUCCUCCUUGGCAAAAUAUUGUACUCGAAACUAUGAAAGAAAUGUAUAUGAAAAAUGGAAACAAACUACCAGAAAAUAAAGCAAUUGCUACAGAAUUAGGAAACAUAACUGAGUUAAAAAAAUAUAUGAAAAGAGUAAUGCCAUUCGUGCAAGCUUCAAAGGAAAAGGUAGAAUCUGCUGGUAUAAGUGCUCUCAAUCUAACAUUUGAUUUCAAUGAGUAUGAUAUUCUUGAAAGAAAUAAAAAGUAUCUUCAAAACACUUUAGAGCUGAGUGAAAUUAUUAUAAAGUAUACCGAUGAAGCUCCUGAAAAAACAAAAGAAGAAUGCUGUCCUGGUUCUCCUUACAUAAAUUUUUUUGUAAAGCCUUCAGUCUUAUUAUCUCUUAUGAAUCCACAGAAAUAUGUUGGUUUAUUUAGCAUUAAUUUAAAAAUUUAUGAAAAUGACACAGUUUCUAAUUUAAUAAAACUUAUUUUACAAGAGCAUAAACAUAUAAAAGAUACAGCUUCAGUUCAAUUAUAUCGUUAUGAUGACCCAAAUAUGGGACCACGUUUGAAACCAAAUAUUGACAAUAUUUUAGAAGGAAAAACAUUAAUUCCAAGUAAUGCUUUAUUUAUUAUUAAUGUAGAAAAACAAUCUGCAGAAAUUAAAGUUGGAGAUAAUGCAUACUCUAUUGGAAAUGAAUUAAUAUAUAUUGUAAAACAUGCAGAAGAUAAAUAAAUGAAUCGAUUAUUAAAUGAAAAAGGUUUCUGUAAUAUAACUAAGCAAAAAGAAUAUGACGAUGAAAAAUAACAGUAUUGAAUAAAAAUUUUUUAAAUAAA